UGUAUAUACUUUAUUUUUUGAAAUUUCUGAAGUUGGGAAAAAAAAAAACCCUUUGGCUUAAAAGUUCAGAAUAUGAAUUAUUGACCAAAAAGAACGAUAAGAUCAGAAAAUUUCUCAGAAAAAGGUUAUAGGCUUAUAGCAUCAAUCUGUCCAUUACCAUCUACCACCAUAAAAAGAAAAGUAAAGAUAAUACUCCAGUAGACAAGAAAAAAGAAAAGUGGGGCAAGAUAUUUGCACAAAAGAAAUCAUUAAAGAAAUAAUAUCAUGAGUCGUGAUUAGGGUAAGGUAAUAAAUGCAAAUCCGCGACUUUUGCUCUCUGAUUGUUUCUUUACCACGGUCAACAUUGUACAGUAAACACCUCGGUCAACUAUAGUCAAAACCUGAAAACCAUAUAGAUUUGGGACUUCUAUCCUUUUUCCUUUUUUUUUUUUUAUGUUAAUACCAGCCAUUUCCAUAUUCCUCCAGAAGGGCUACCCUUAAAUGAAUGACCCUACAACCAACCCAAAAGCCAGAUUUAUAACCUUCCCUAACCCAUUACUUGUAAAUUAAUCAAUCACAUCCCCAAACGCUUGAUAUAAGAGGAAAAAGAAAAGGGAGAAGAAAAAGGCAAAAUAAUAGAAAUAGUACCCGCCAAACAGUCAAUCUCACACGCCAAAAAAAAAAAAAAAAAAACCCCGAUCUGGGGAUGUUAGCCAAUCAGCCCGGCAUUACCUUUUUAUAGACCUUUUGAUUUUAUUUUUUUUUAAUUUCGUUCUGGUUCUUCCCACUGUGUGACUGCGUGUUUCCGUCGAAUCUCUUCUGUCUGCCUUUCCCGACAUAAAUCUAAAUACUGGUAGUUAUUAGUAAAGUAAAGAGCUAGACGGUAGUACAAUUGGAAAGGCCGCGUUUGUGAGUGGACGGGUAGAUUGGCUUUGGUGCUUUCCAUCUCAUCCCCGAAACCAGCGCCAACGACACGGAUUCAGCCGCGAGAAACUAUUAAACAAGAUUUUUAAGGCCUUUUGAGAGAGAUUUCUUCAGAAGGGUGAGAGAGACUUGGAGCUCCGAUCGCUUCAACGGUCGGUUUUUUUUUUUUCCAUUCCCUUCCGUAGUAAGUCAAUUCCUCUCUUUUUCUUCCCAAUUUUUACAGCGUUUUCUUUGGGUGUGAUCUCAUUCUGUUUGUCGAUUUUGGGAAUCACUUGCUUGCGAUUUGUUCUUUGCUUUUUUGUUUUUGUUUUUUUUGUUUUUUUUCUUUUUUCUGGAUUUCUUUGGUUUUUUUUUGUUCUAUUCUGAUUGAUAUCCGCGAUAGAUCUGCAUAUUAUGAGUUUCUUGAAGCCAUGCGCUUUAGGAUUUGAAAUAUUGGACGCCGUAGAGCAAUGUCUAAAAUCUGUUUUCCUUUUUUGGUUUUAUGCCUCUGAUGCUAAUUCGCUCUCCGGAAAUUUGCCUCUUGUGUUUGACUAAGAUUUGUUUUUAUGAUUUGUAAGCUUCAAUUAUAUAGGUGUAGUUUGUCUAAGGUGAUGUUUGUAAGGAGUCAAAUUUGGAUGAAUGUUGUCUGAUUAGCAAGCAGUUGAAAAAGAUCUUCCACGUUCUUUUCUCUGAUUCAAAUACAGAUCUUUUAUUUGCGAAAAAAGGAAAUUUAGAAAAGAAAAGAACAGAAAAUUUAUCGGUUGAAUCGUGUUUUGUUAUUCUGGGCAUAUAUUUAUUCUGUUGUGGUAAUACAUCUAGUAGCCCAUUUGCAAGUUUUCACUAUAGGAUAUUGUCUGGAGUUCUUGGUUACUGGUGUAAGUCGGUAGGAUGUUUGGUUGGGAUCUUCAUAAUAUAAUGGAGUAUGUCUAACUUCUAUGAAUUUCUUCUCCUACUACACUGCUGCGUUUUAUUUGAUGAUCAAGCAACCUUGUUUGAGUGUUCUCGCUUUGAGUUCCAGCCUCGCUAUAUUAGAGAGAAAAGGAUCCAGUAGGUUUAUGAUUGGAUCCUUCCAUGUGGGUUUUGUUAUUCUUUCUAGCGGUAGCUAAAACUGCUUUUCUUCAGUUUGUUCUUCUUUUCUGGGAGAUCUUUCUUUACAGCCUCCUCAGAGAAUGUGGGGAUAAUUCCAUGAGGAUGUUUCUGGUAAACCCUCAUUGCCGUGAUCAAUAGAUUUUAUCUGAAACCUUCACAGAGUACUCAGAUGAUUUUUCCAUUGAUGCCGGCUCUUGUUAGGAUUUAUGUGUGUUUAACAGAGGAUCUCACUUAAGCUUUUCAUCUGCUAUUGCAUCCAAAUGGAACAUUGGUGCUGUUUCAUUUUGAUUAGCGCCUCAAUCUGAUUAAAGAGCAUUGGGUUUGUUUUGUAAAUUAGGCUUGACCUUUGAGUUGUUUGUAAUGUUGUUGAUGAAACUGUUUGAUGAUGUUGCAAUCAUUUGAUUAACUCCUUCUGUUACUUACAAUUAAUUGAAGCAGGAUCAGAUAUUGGAGUGGUAGCUUACCUCCAUAGGCUUAGAAUAUGGCACUUGACAGCAUCAUAACUUCACCUCAUAGGAGAUCCCAAGCACAAACUGCAUUCUCUUCACCAGCAUUAAAGAAACAGUUGUCGCGUGCUGAUGAAUUUGGGAGCUGUUCCACUCUUGUUCAGCGGCACCGCUUCCUCCUUACUGCCCUGGUUCUUCUAACUUUUUUAUGCACCGUUUACCUUUACUUUGCGGUCACCUUGGGCAAUAGUGAAACAUGCUCUGGAUUGUCAAGUACUGAAAAAGCAGCCUGUCAUCUCAAGCUAGCAAAAGAUGCUGUAGGCAAGGGGAAAUUGAAAUUCUUCUAGUGUGCAGAAUUGGUUGUUGAUUUUAUAGGGGUCAAUAUUAUUCUUUGAAUGGGAAGAUGGAUAUAAGUUGGUUUGACAUAACUAGCUGGUUAUGAGAAAUGCAUAUAUAUGGAACUAAAGCACUAAGCAGUUGAAAUUGUUUGAGGAAGCAAGAUGAUAUAUGUAGACAAUAAGUUAAUUAUUUACUGAGGAGAUGAAUGUUUUCUCAGCUAUAUUUUGUUGAAUAGGGGUGUUACUUUCUACCUAUGUAGACUAGGAAACUAUGCUCAUGGUGAUGAAUCAGUUGAAAGGAGAAAGUGUAUUGUGGCGGGAACAUUUUUUUUGUGUUAAUACUUGAUUAUAUUAUGAACAACUUUUCUUCACUUUUUUGUUCCUUGGAGUAUAUGAUUUGCUUCUCUUCUACGUUAAUUUUUAGCUUUAUGCUGUUGUGAGAUCGAAGGAGUAAAGCUCUUCUAGUAUAAUCAUAUACCAUUGUUGAGAAAACUCUUUUUUAGCUGUGUUAACACCGCGGUCUAUGGCUACUUCUCCUAUCAUAUAUAUGGAGAAAGCUUUUUUUAGUUGUCAAAAUUGAGAUUAUCCAUGAAGAUGUGGACAUGGAAUCAGUACGCAAAAUUCGAAAACCAUUGCCUGAUGACUAAACUGUAUAAAUGGUUCCAUACAUUUAUCCGAAUUUAAAUUUUGGUUCCCUACAUCAACAUGUAUAUGGAUUGAGUCUUUACGUUUCAAUUUAAAAAUUUUUUGGUCUUUUUUCACUAUUCCGUCACCAUUUCCAUCUUGAUGACCGUUAACCCUACCAAGUUAGGGGUAUUUUCGGAAUGAUAUAUAUAAGAUCAAAAUAACAAAUGUUUAAAUGGUUCCCUACAUUUGACCGAAUUUAAAUUUUGGUUCCCUACAUCAACAUGUAUAUAGAUUGAGCCUUUACAUAUCAUUUUGAAACUUUUUUCGUAUCUUUUCACUGUUUCGUCACCAUUUAUUUAUUUAUUUAUUUAUUUAGAUACGGGGGUAAACGCAAACAACAGCCAAAUCCCCAAUAAAAUAUUAACCCAGAAAACUUGGGGUUCGGGAAAUAGCAAAAGUCCCAAGUUAUUUUGGGGAGGAAAAGUAGUAAUCCUAUUCCGACUAAGAACUUCCAAAGUGCACCUCUGUAUAAGAAUUUGUUCUCUCCAUCUUUUGCACACACUGCAUAGCACUAACUUCAAACAUUCUCUCUCCCCAGAUUUCCUCCUACACACUCCACAUCCAUAUGUAUAUUCAUCGUAAAUCAAUCUCUUUAUUUUGUUUUUAAAAUUCUUGUCCAAGAAAUCUACCUGAGUUUAUUGUCUCCCAAUUUGUAGAAAGAAACAAUGUUGAGCAACCUUCCACAAGAUCUGUUAGCUGAGGUGUUGGUUAGGGUUCCUGCGAAAAUACUAUGGGCAUUAAGGGCCGUAUCAAGAUCAUGGCGAUCUCUGAUUGAGGAAGAAAAUUUUUGUAAAAGCAAACUUAGAACACAGUCAAUCAUCAUUGUCGUCGUCAGUUCAGUUAGUAUUUGAGGUUAGAAUUGAUGGAAAGCAAGGCUGCCAUCCUUAUGCGGCAGAAUUCGAUUCACUAGAAGAAAUAAAAUCGACCAUGGUGAAGAUCCGUUACCCUUUUACACUUCCUGAGAAUCCUGACAACGCCCUUGCGUAUAAAGGUUCUUGCAAUGGGUUGAUUUGUGUGACUUACCAGGACGAACUUGAACCUCAGGUUGUGUUGUGGAAUCCAACCACUAACAAGUACUGGAGAUUGCCUCAUUCACCUAGCAUUCUCAUUCUGACUCCUACUCAGAGGGAAGUUCGCAGGAAGGAGUUCAGUAAAAUGUGUUAUUGGCAGGAUAGAAUUGAAUACGGUUUUCUGUACGAUGAAACUUCCAGUGAUUACAAGGUGCUAAGAUUGGUUGAACUAUUCCGUAUUGAGGAAAUUGAUCAUCCUGGCCAAAAGAAAUAUGCUUUCAAUCAAACCCAAGUUGGUCGGGAAACCACAAUGUAUAGCCUGAAAUCAAAUUCUUGGAAGAGACUUCCACCUGAUACGUUUCCAGAUUUCAUGGAGCUCGAGCCACAUGAAAUUGGCCCUGGAGUAUUGAUUAACAAUACCCUACACUGGGUCAUGGUAGAUAAACGCCAGAAUGUUUGGCGCUAUAAGUACUUAAUAGUGGCUCUCAACCUUACAACCGAGAAAUCUUAUUCCAUUUCGCCACCAGCUGAUGAUGCUCUUGCAUUUGCGAGAUUGGAGUUGGGGGUUUCCAAUGGCUGUCUUACCUUUCUAACCAGAUACUCACAUGAUAUUUCUUAUUUGUGGAUAAUGAAAGAGUAUGGGGAGAGAAAUCCCUGGACGAAAUAUAGGUUGCAUGUUCCACAUUGGGGAUGGUAUCCAAGGUUCAUUGGAUACCCAAGUGGAACUGGUAAUAAGCUAUGUUUUGUAGAUGCCUAUAAACUUGUAUGCUGCGACGCUGCACCGUGUUGCAGUCCUGCAUUAUCCACCACUGACAGUGUUGGUGAAUUUUUGCUGCCUAGUCGCGAAUUUAUACUAUCUAAUCUUGAAUCUAUUCGCCGCGGAUGUUUAUUUACUCAUAGCCUCGUGAUACCACGGCCUUCUUGUGAUGGAAUGAAGGGGAAUGAAGAGUUGGGCUACCAGGAAUAGGAGAAUCCGAAAUCAUACUUGAUAGGAACUAGGAAGAAAGGAGGCAUUUCUGGAGAGCACGGAGCAAUAUAAGAAUCUGUUUCGAUGGAGUCUGAAUUUGAAGAAGAUGUUCCAGGUUGAAGGAGAUCAAUGAGGUUCUCUAUGGAUCUAAAUGUGGUGUAAUCAGCUUGCAGUCAAAGCCUCAAAGGGGAUCUUCCAGGUUCAGUUUUUGGAUGCAAGGCAAGACUUAAAAAGGAGUGAUUUGUUUGAGUCUUGGAUUAGUUAUCCAGAACCCAAAUGAGAUUAUACAUAUGGCUUCUGGUAGAUGAUUUUGGCACAAAGUUAUAACAUUUUGCUUCAGUUACAAGUUCUUGAAUACUCCAGUUGACUAGUUGUUACCAUUCCUGAUUCAUCUUAUUUUUGCAGAAGAGUUAAUUAGAUGCCUUUUAUCAAAAUCACAUGGGAGACUGCAAUUUAAAUUAGUGUCUAGUUAAACUUUUCACUUUCCACGUGUUGAACUAAAAAUGAAAUAUCAAGUUAGACAAUAAUUGCGGGACGAAAGCCGUAUUUGGUAAGAAACAUUGCCCA